AUGUCAGGUCAGGAGACCUCACCACAGUCUCCCCCCGCAAACACACCAAAACAUCGACGGCCCUGGACUGCAGCCGAGGAUGCCACUCUGAGGACUCUGGUCGGCCACUUUGGUGCCAGUAGAGGCUCUGAGGGAAGGUGGAAGGACAUUGCUGCUGGGCUCGAGGGUCGCACGGCAAAGGAUUGUCGGAAACGAUGGCUUCACUCUCUUGAUCCUUCACUGCGCAAAGGUAGAUGGACAUCUCAGGAGGAUGAAAUUCUCCUCUCGGCCUAUGCUCGACUUGGACCAUUAUGGAAUGAUAUUGCCUCUCUCAUACCCGGAAGAAAAGACGAUCAAUGUUCUAAAAGAUACAAUGACAUCUUGAACCCAUCUGCAAAAAACCGCCUGAGCGACUGGACUGCCGAGGAGGACAACCUUUUGCGUCAAGGUGUAGCGGCUCUAGGCCAUCGAUGGGUAGCCAUUUCGGCAAGAAUACCCGGCCGCCCACCUCUUACUUGUCGAAAUCGCUGGCGCACGCUAUCCCGACUAUCCCACCAACGACAGAGCAAGUCACAAGGCACCACUCCUUCGUCAUCGUCUCAGAUGUCUCCUACAGACAUUGGAAUAUCGCCAGCGCCCCAGAAUCCCAACAUCAGCUUGGAGACGACUGGUGGAAGUAUGGCGGAUCACCUAAUGCCAUUCCCGACGAUCGACACUGAUUUGGGUCAUGAUCAGAUGGGCUCCAAUUUCUUAGACACGGCUUUCUUCGACACUUUCACAGGCCCUUCACCUUCGCCGCUAAGGGAUUCCGAGGGCAGUGAGGAUACGGAAACACCCAACGAUAGUGCGCCACCGACGAUUCCUGGACCUGCUCCCGAUCUCUCAACAAACAUCCCAGAUCUAGCGCAGAACGGCCCUGCACAAUGUCCACAGCCACCGAGACCAUUACAAGCACAGCCGCCGAAUAACCCAAACGGUUCAUUCACUAUGCCAUCGCCGUCGACAUGGUCAUCACUUGGCACGAUGCUGCCCCCAGGAACAUCUCCCACAAACCAGAACCUGUGGCUUGGAUCGGCGGGCAACCCUGCUGUUCCAAAAGAUUGGGACGUGCCAGAUGAUUCAAUACCCCAAUCUUACACCGAACAAUUCCCACUACCGACAUCGACGGCACAAACAAUACACCACCACCAUCACCAUCAUGUACAUCACCACUUUCACCACUACCAUCACUACCAAGGCGGAGGCGACUCAUGGCGACAGCUGGAACAGCAAUGUGAAGCAGAGGCAUUGCAGGCACAUGUUCAACAAAAUGAAAACGGUCCACCGAAUGCAGGAUGA